GACCCGGAAUUAAAAAGGAGUCGAAAAAUAUGGGACAAGGACGGAGACAUCAACACCGUGAGAUCAAGUUGCUGGGAUAAGAAGGUCCUGGCCAUCGUGAUGAUGUGGAGAAGCUGGAGGCACUACUCCUGCUUGCGGCCAAGCUCGGUUGGUUUAGGUCGAGUAGCCGGGUCAUUCUCUCGGCCAUUGACGAGUCAAAGAAGAUUCUUAAAGUGA